AUGAAACCGUACGAUAAUGGCACUGGUCCGCUAACUCCGCGUCAUAUUGUAUCCGAAUGGGAGGAUAACAUUGUAUUCGAUGCGGACGAUCCAGAUUUCUCUGUCGCAGGCGCAGCGACCGCGAAUGUCCUGUUGCGAUCAGUCGCCGGUACGCAACAGAUGGGAAAGCUGGCGUCUAAUCUUACGCGCUCUGUCACGACCUACUAUGGAUUGAAUUCAGCAUCUGUUGUUUCUAAUUUGAAUCAUCUAAUGAAGGUAUCUUCAAGUGCGAAGCUAUCAGCGAUCAGUAACAGCAGCAUGUCGGUCGCAAGCGUACAAGCACCUCAUCUGGCGGAUUUGUGCAGCUCUCUGAGCCGUACCAGCCUGAGCAUGUCCUCGUCACUAUCGGACCUGGUCGGUAGCCCGUCCCUUGGGGCCGUCUUCGAUUUCCACUCGUCGGACGCGGUACUGACGAUCGAGGAGCUCCGGGAGCAGCUCGGAUCCUGCUACACAUGCGGUGUGUCCUGGACCGAGGAUCAGGUGUCGCUCGAUUGCAGCGAAUGCGGAGGCUACAGUCUUGAGCGGCCGUGCCUCAUCUGCGAGGGAAUUUGUGGUCAGCUGUGGAAGCGUGAUUUCACCAUGAGCCAUGCUUGCGGAAAGUCACGCUGGCAGGGUGUGUGCACCAAGUUCCCGGCCCAGAUGAUUCAGCUACAAACGUCCGCACCACUUAGCAGUUGUGCCAGCUUCGGCAGCCACCAUCAGCUGACGGGGUGUGCUGCCGCUGCGGCUAAUAACGGAGCGAGUACGGCGAGCCAGCAGCAUUUCCUGCAACAGGAGCUAUGCGCACGACUGGAGAAGCUUUCCGCGAAUGCGCACUCGUAGGGCGUUCCCAGAGACAAGCUCCGCGUGCAGAAUCCCCGAGGACAGCUUCGUAAUCGCAUUGGCAUGUUAGAUUUUGUUUAGGCUUAAGUGAACCAAACCGCGCGCAGGCUUCCAACGGUUCGGUUGUGAGCCAUCCCCGGUCAGUUUUCCCGUGGACGGACGAUAUCUUCUGCUUCACGUGUAAUGAUUCUUCUUCUCCCGGGAAGUGUUGUGGGCGAUCGAGUUCCUACCAUUAAUGAUUAGCGAACGGCAGCACCCGAGAGAGAAUGGGUGAUGCUACCUUUUACUUAUUCUUGUAAUUGUGAAACAAACACCGUACUCUUCUCACCGCAAUCGCCGCAUCGUUAGUAUAGCAUUUGUUUGGCAAUGUAGCUUGCUUUUGAUAGAUUUCCUUCGCUACAUCUCGACGUCGGAACAUCCUUCAUUUGAAUGUCGUUAGCCGCGAAACAUUCGAAUACAGGGACGACGUCUCGAUGUUUUAAGUCUCAAAAAUCCUUUACCAGUACUGGUACAGUUUGUUGCCGUUUCUAAAAAAACGAUUGGGGCUAGUAGGUCCGGCCGUUAUCAUGUGAUAGAAUUCGCUCAAUUUAUAAUUUCUUGUCGUGAAAACACAGCAAAUCCCCAUAAAUAUCAAAAUUCGGUCAGAGAGGACGCAAGCAGGAUUGUUGUUCGUUGUUAGCUUAAAUAAGAUGAAAUGUUUUUCUGUGAAAAACAUAUCAUUUAUACCGAUAGCAAUAAGAGUUAGCGUAAUUCUAUGAUUUAAAAAACUUCUAGAGAAAAGAGAUCAAUGUCCAAGAAAUAAGAGUAGACAUUCGGUAUUGUCGGAGAGGGUUAUCGUUAUCUAAUAUUUUUUUGUAGAAUCCAAAUCUACUUCUUUCGGAUCGGUCUACGCUUCAUCGACAGUUCGGCAAUAUUAGCGGCCCGAUAUCCUCUGCCGGACCCAGGCAUUUUACAGCGAACAGAAGUAGCCGAAAUGUUUGAAAAAUUAAACUUGAUAUUAAAUGCGUUGUCCUUCAUGGUUAGGCGAAAGCUACCUACGCAGUAAAUCAUUCUAGGAGCUUUUUGUUUCUUGUAUUCUCUCCAUAUUUGUACUCUAUGUUUUUUUCAUCGUUUUUAAACGGAACAUGCGCGCAUAAUGAUCAGCUAGAACGAAAACGUGCCGCAUUACUAUAGCUUAUUAUAGAGUUAAGCAAUUCUAAUGAAAUGAAAAGUAUGUUUGAGUGUAUCAAAUAUAAAACAGUGCAGCUAAAACAA